CUUCGAUCUUUCAAAUUGUAUACCUUUCUCAGACAUGGCGAAACAAGACAUGUAGAAAGCGAUAUAAUCCAAGGUUAGUGUUGAGAAAAAAGCAUGAAAGUAGUAUAGUCAGAUCUGAUUAG